GCGUGACGGCUGCGCGGGAGAUGACGUCAUCGCGGCGUCUCUUUGAAUCUCCUGUUGCCGUUAGAAGUGAAGACUAAGCGCUGUAUUCAAGUGAAACUUUGGAGCUAUUCUUCUGUUUAUAUAUAUAUAUAAUUAUAAUUAUAAACAUUUGAGGGAACUCACCAAUGGACUCCGGGGAAGAAGAGGACGUGUCUGCCCGAGUUUUACUCAGAAAUGUUCUGCACACAGAAACACAGCGGUCUCCAGUCACCAGGAGAAUGUCUCGUGAACAGUCACACGUACGGAGGAGCUCCAGACUGAGGAACACGCCCGCUGAGACGCCUCACGUCGCUCUCCGUCACAAACUCAAGCAGAAGCUCCGCGAGACGGCCACGAGGUCUCCGGUCCCACCCAGUAAACGUGCGAGGUCUCAGAGCGGGACGCUGAAGACACCGGUGGCACGUUUGACCCCUGUGCUGUACGAUGAUGACGACGUCACGCCCCGCGGGCUGCUCAGGGGCAUCAUCCAGACUGAAGCGGAGGCGUCUCUGCUGCUGUCCGGUCAGACAGCGUUACCUCACAGGGAUCAGCAGGACGUCGAGACCAGUAUCCAUGCCAACAGACGCAGUGAUGGCGCGUCAGGACUCGAGCUGCCUGACUUAGCCACAGAGCCGCUGACUCAGGUGAUCCGCGGGAUGAGCCGCAGGAGGCCGCCGCCCACUUUUAACGUCUCCACUUUCGAGAAACAACUGGACCAGCCAUCAGGUGAAGACGAGGAGAUGGACGUCCCUCAGGAGAAUCCAGAUGUCAGUAAGGAACAGGAUCUCUCUGCCGGUUCGAAAAGCGUCCUCAGCCUCACCUUGAAGACGCCGUUCGUGAACCUUCGGUCCGAUAGAGCCGGUCUGAGGCGGAAAGCGGCCGGACGACGGAGGCAGGUUUCCGUGGACGCGUUCGACGAAGCCAUCCAGAAACGUCUAGAGAGACAUCACAACCAAGAUUACACAGUAGUGCAGGAUGGGAGAACUCUCCAGGACUCGGACUUGCACAAGUUGACUCUGGGUUUGAGUAACACCACGGUCCCGGAGCUCACCACAGACAUGAUGAUGAGCAACACAGAGCUCUACGCCCAGCCACAGGCCUCCAUGUCCCAGCUGAGAGGCGUCGAAGGAGGCGUUACGGAUGCUGAGAUGAAGAGAGAUGAUGAUGAUGAUGAUGGACGAGAACUUCAAGAUGUCGCCCAAGAUCAACAAACCCUGAGUGAGAGAAACAUCUCUAAACCUCAUGCAGAUCCUUCAGAAGACCCGGAUUCUGAUUCUGAGGGUCAGAAAGAGGAGGGCGAGGUGGAAACGAUACCGCCGUCACAAGAGAGCGACGCGGUGUCUUUGAAUCCCGAGGAUAUCCAGUUGGCUCCGACGCAGGACAUGGUGGAUCACGUGUCUCAGCCUCAGGAGCAGGAGGAGUGCGAGUCUGCGAUACAGGACGCUCAGGUAGAAGAAAUGGACCAGAGAGAAGGCGAGAGCCUUCAGGAGGAGGAUGAGAAGCCAUCGCUUCUGCCUCAGCGAAUCACACGGAGAGCGUACCGCUCCGAGGGCGGAGCCAUCGCGAGCGGAGUGAUGGAAAGAGGCAGAGGUACGAAGAGCCUCGGGAUGAAUCACGAUCCCACGGAGAAACAUCUGCAGACUUUCGCUGGUGGAACGGAGCUGGAAGAAUUCCAAGUCAGCGUGGAGGAAGAACCACAUCGCCGCCCCGCGUCGUCCUCCGCCGUCCACACCACAAAGCCUUCGUCAUCUGUGACGCACCAGGACAGUUUGGUGCAAAACCCUGACGAGGAUGACGAAGUUAUUCAAGAUAUCGACCAAUCAGGAAGCGAGGAAAUUGUGGUGUCUGUCCAUGUUAGCCCCAUGGUGGACUUUCCUGCUGCUGAGGAAAAGCAGGAGGAAGAAGUACAGGAACAUCAACAACAGGAAGAGGAGGAAGAAGAACAGGAAGAGGAAGAGCAGGAGGAAGAGAUGGAAGAACAGGUACAGGAGCAGCCCCAAGAAGCGGAGGAAGAGCAGGAAGAUGCACAGAGCGAAGAGCUCUCGAUGCAAACUCCAGGUUUUAUUAGACAAAGGAAGCAGGUAGCCACUCCCGGUGCUCUGGCCACGCCCACCAUCCUCAAAGCUCUGAAUGCUGGUCCUGCCCCAAAGGUUGUGAAGCCACGCCCGAAACGCCAGCCUCAGCGCGUCUCCUCCGGCGUCCUCCCGAAAAGCUACGUCAUGAGCGUGUUUAAACACUUCGCCAAAACGAAGGUCUCUAGCGACGUCUAUCCCGUCAUCAACGACAUACUGCAGCGGUAUUUCGAUCGUAUGGCGGAGGAUCUGGAGGCGUAUUCCGCUCACGCGAAGAGGAAAACCAUCGAGGUUGAGGAUGUUGAACUCCUCAUGAGAAGGCAGGGGUUCGUGACAGACAGCACUCCGGUCACCGUGUUAAUCGAGAAAUUUCUCCCGCUCGAAUACAGGAAGCUCCUCAUCCCCGUCGCAACCAGCGGAAAUAAUGUCGUGCCUCAUCGACGGAGAUGAAACGUCCACGCAGAUCUCUCUCUCUCUUUCUCGCUCUCUCUGUCUCUCUCUCCCUCUCACACACUCGCAUAUCACUGUCCAUAAAUCUAAUUUACUUUGAUUUAAUGCCAUUAUUUUGGGUCUGAUUUUUACAAAAAAUAAUUUGAGCCUGUUCUAUUUAACCUGCCGAGGUUGCAGAUGGACACUAAAGGUCAAAAGUUUGUUUGUUUUUUGUUUUUGUAUUUUGUUCCCUUUGGACAUCUUGCUGAAGAUUAUAAAUAAAGCUUUGAAUAUGCUGCGGUACAAACGA